AUGGUAUGGAUAUAUUUAAUUCUCGUACACCUUCAUAAUGUGUAUGGGAAAAAAGGUGUGUUGAAUCGCUUUGGAUCUCCUGAUUCACCAAAUUUUCAAUACCCCUUCUACGCAUCAUUCCUUUCACUAAGAAAUGACUCCAGCACCAUCCCACUUACACCUAGUAAGGACGAGUUGAAGAAAUUACAUAACAAACUGAUUAAGUUGGAUGUAUAUAAUCCCAUUUCCAAAAUAAUCCCUAAAAAUGUCACCUUGUCUGUAGAAGAGAAAUACGAAGGUCGUAUAUACAAUGUCAAUAUAUCAAUGGAGAUGUAUUUCACACCAGAUGAAGUGAACAAGACCAAAGAUAAACAGCUUGAAUACUAUAACAUCAUUAACAAUAAGCUAAAGGCAAGAUGUAAUAGUACUUACGAUACGGCUAUAGAAAAAAAGGCUGAAUGGAUAAUGAAAUGGGGAAUGAACAAAUAUCAUUUUUUCAAAUCCAUUAAGGUGAAAGAAAACGGUGACAUUAUAAUAAGUCUUGAACCAUUAGAAGUGAAUGAUAUUGAUAAAAUCCAUAACAUGGAUAUCCGAGAUAACGAAACACUAAUAUUAUUAGUAAAGGUUGAUAAUGUCACUGAAGAUAAACAGCCUGAGCAAUUAGUUUCAAAUGGCAAAGUGCAAAAUAUUGAGCAUUCGGAAAAACCCGAUAUUUCCAGCAUUGAUCACACCAAUGUUGACUCACAAAACUUGUACAAUUUGUUGCAAGAAAUCGACGUACCAUCAGGUAAUUCUAUUCCGGUACCUGUAAAAAUAUAUUUCCCAGUCAAAAUCAAAUCUUCAGACGUGAAAUGGAUGUGUUUUAACAUGGUAAUAUUUUAUGGGGAUAAUGAGCUUGAUCAUUUGAGUACUUUGACCUAUCCUGACGUUGCAGUUAACGUGAGGAAGAAGUUGUUCAAAAGAUUAACCAAGAUUGGCAUCAUUUCUAAGCUCUCAAAAUCGUUCGAAUUCACGUUAAAUUUGCUGCUCAAGUGGUUCUACGGAAAUUUCAGUUACGAUAUUGCCAAUUUGAGCAAGAAAAACCCGUUAAUCACAGUCCGCAGUCAUCUGAUACACAAAUUACAUGCAAAUACGAAUAUCAAGGAUUAUAUCAAAUCAAUGAACCAUGAUAAUAAAACUAUCAUUGAGGUUAGCUUAAUUGAUAACUACAAUUACAUGGAGUUCAAUGCUGAUUUCUCUAUUCCAAGAUACGGUUCCCAAUUUGAGACGCCAGAAGGAAAGACUAUACACGAUGCAAUUGUUGCAAUUGAACAUCAAGACGGUAAUAAAAUUACCCUUUCUAUUCGCUAUUUAAUUAAAACAAAUGAUACGCAUGUAUGGUUCAUGUACAUUACUGAAAUGUAUCUCACUAAUGAUGAUUUGAAGAAGAUAGGCGAUACAAAGGAAGUGAAUCAAAAUGUAUUAGAUGUUAUACAAGAAAAAUUGCUGAAAAGAGCCCAAAAUAUUUCUACAAUUCCCAAUGUUCCUGAGUGGUUCGCGGUUAUAAGUAAGGUUGCCAUAGCGUUAACAGCGGGAAAUUACACCAAAGGAACCAUGUACUUUGACUUUGAACACAAAAUUUCAAAUAUUAUGAUAGAAAACAUAACUGAGAAGGCAUUACCAAAUUUUGAUACCUUUACCUCAUACGUCAGAAAUUACUCUUGUAAAAAUGGGACAAUAGCAAAUUUUUCAAUUAAUAAAGAUGUAAAGCCAAAUUUGCCCACUGCAUCAUUUACUUUAAAACCCAGUAAUUAUGACUUCGACGUUAAUACUGUACCCGUAAUGAUCGUACCCAAAAUAAAUGAACCGUCCCCAUUUAUCAUCAAACCUCCCGCUCCCUUACCCAUUGUUAAGGAUAAUGAUGAACCUGGGAUAAACACCCCGAAUUCUGGCUCGGAAACUACUCCAUCCGCUACUCCCUCAUCUACUUCUGACACUACCUACAAUUCUCCAGCCACUGAUGAAGCAAAUACUACAAAAGAUGAUGAUGAGAAUGACAAUCUUCAAGUGAACCCCACCGAAAAACUAGAACCCUCGGACAACGGUAAUAAUUUGGCAGACAAUCAAAACCCUAGACCUGAAACCGACAAUACAAGUGAUGGCUCCAAUACUCCUAACCCUGAACUGAAAAAUGAUCCUAAUUCACCUGAUAAUAAUGCCUCUAGGACAGACAAUCCGUUGGAGUCAACCAAAUCUGACACUGACGAUGAACAGGAAAAAGUGCCCAAAUUACAGAUAACAGAAAAGCCAAAGGAGCCAAUAGCACCAACCGUUGUAACCGGCCUUAUCCAGGGCAUUAAAUUAGGAAAGGAUAAGGUGGCGCUUACCAUGCCAUCCAUAGAGGCGCUGAUAAAUGACCUACCAUCUAAAGACUCAGAAUUUGUGUUGAAUAUUGAUAAUAUUGGUUUGGAUACCCACACCGGGCAAAUGUGGAGGAGAGCGUUGAUUGAGACCGGCCAUAUAGGCGAGGAAGAUGAUGUUGUCGAGUUUUUAAGGUCCCACAAAUUUAACAUACAAAUGACACUAUAUCUGCUGCGAAAAAUUUACGGUGAUUUGGCUCGAGACUCAUACACCAGCUAUAAAUUGUUUUACGAUACGUCAAAUAUACCCAAAGAUGUCGUACUUAGCGGAGAUGUUGACAAGAUUAAGGAUAUCUACAGCAAAAAUGUCGGCGUACAAAUUACCAGAAUCCCGCCUCUUAUCAAAUCCACAUCUCCAAAUUUCAUUAUACCAGAUGUAAUAUUAUCCCUAACCACUCAUGAUUUAAUAUCAAGAUUGCAGCUUAUGUUUAGCAAAUGGCUGGAUGGUAGUAAAAGCGAGGAUGAAGUGGAAAAAGAUGUGCAUUUAGCAAUUAUAUGCAGCGCCAGUGCAAUAUUUGUGCAGAACUGGAUGGACAUACAAAUUGACCAGGGGUAUGAGCUUAUAGGAGAUGAUCCUGCCUGGUUACGGCUCUUCUCUGUCAUGAAGAAUUUACCAAAGAAUCUAUCCAAAUCUCCUGCAACCAAAAUAUGUAAAAAGUACAUUUCUGGCGCUGGGUCGAUAUUAUCCCGUGGCACACAGGGAUUAAUAGCUGAAAAUAAGCCCAAGUCUCUAAUAGGUUCUUUGGGAAAUACUUUGGGUAUAAAUAUGUCAAAUUCGUUGGAAAUCGCCAAUUCUAUACAAGUUUACAUUGGAUGGAUGAUUAAAUCGGAGACGAAACAUAUUGAAUAUCACAGUUUAUCAAUAUGCAUUAUUUUACACGUCUUAAAUGCGUUCCAUAAAUGUUUCUCCCUGGAAAACAACACAGACUAUCAAAUUUACACGGCCCAGCUCUUGUUCAUGGACACUAGCAAUAUACUGGAUCAUAUAGCCACAAGCGGAUCCGUAUUAAGCACACUUUCCAUUCCAUCCAAAAUUUGCACCAAAGAUUCUAAUGAUAUAAAAGAUAUAUUCGAAAAAAAUUUAUUCCCUUUAAUAUCCACAAAGGGUCAUGAUAUGCUGAUUAACACAUACCAUAAUGUUUCUGACGCUGAUAAGAAUUCGUUAAAACAAACAUCGGAUGAAGCCCAAGACGAAGAUGCAUCUCAAUCUCAGCAGGAAAUUUUGAACAUGCUGCAAUUCGAUUCAUAUGAGCCCUAUUCAUGGGUAGAAGAACCCAGCGAUCCAGUUUUUAUGGAAUAUAUCCAAAACUUGCAGUUCAAGGAGGAGUCGGUACCAAGUUUCAUAGAGCAAUUAUAUACAGAUAUUAAACAUGAAAAAAACGAAUUAUUAUUGAAUAUAAAACUGCAAUUUCGGGUCGAACCCGCGGAUGAAAAUGAUGAACUAAUAGUCCUCAAUACAUCAUUGCAUUUACAUCCCAGAGAAAUACACACUGUUACCAAUAACGAUUCUCAUACCUUGUGGAAAAUACUUUUACACAGAUUUAAAAAGAGGUUGAUGCAAUUUACUAAAAAAUACACCCCUGAAACACUGAAUGCUCACACCCAAAUUAUUGACGGCGAAAAGGUAACGAAAUUACACAUGAUUCACGGAGCCAUGGAUGUUCCAAUUUACGAAUGGCUGGUCAAUGUCAUGGACUCAGCUUUGAUGGAUGGUUAUUACUUCCAGGUUUUGCAUAGGGAACUGCCACACAUACUGCCAAAUAAUUGGUUAGAACAGGUGCUUAAACAUGGAAUGAUUGUCCAACUGAUAGACCCUUGUCAGUAUCACUUGAUAAAUGAUGGGCAUUCGACCAAUUUGACUGGAAAAUGGCUAUACGAACUUGACAAGCUGGCUAUACAUGGUACGUAA